ACUCGCCUCUCUCUCUCUCUCUCUCUCGUUCUUUUCUUCUCGUUUUCUCUGGAACACAAACAAAACAUAGAAACAAAAACAAUCCAAUCCCAAUCACCCCUUCUCGUUUUCUUCUCACGACGAACAAAAUGAAACCCUAGCCUUUCUUUCUAAAAAGGACCUUCUCUUUCUCCAUCUCGAUCCACCUCCCUCCUUCUCUCGCCCUCUAUAACGAUGAGAUGGAAGUGACCCCUUCCUCACCAAUGAAGGCGACAACGACAGCAAGAUCGGCGACAAAGAUAUUGACGACAUUGACGGCCGGAGAAAGGGUGAUGGAAGGCGUUGAGGAAGAAGAGGAAGAAGGAGAGGAUGAGAGAAAAGAAAUCUGGUCGUGGGGGAGCAUAAAGGAAGAUGUUCUUGUUUUUGCUGUUUUUGUCUGUCUUUUUGGGGAGGGGAAAUGAAUUGUUCAAGGACGAAGAAGAAGACGCAGGUUUGGUUCCCCUGCUCGUGAGGAAGAAGAAGAAGAAUUGGUCAGAAUAAUGAAGGGGAAGAAGAAUCAGAAACUCCGCCCUGAAGAAAGAGCCAAUGUGUGUUUUUUUAUAGAGAAAGACAGCUUGUUCCCCAAGUUUGGAACAAUGCUGGGUUUGGGUCGGACCUGUCUAAGUUGGUCGGACCGAUAUGGGUUUGGUCAGACCUGUUCUCUGACCGGUUCGACUUUGUUGACUGGUUUGACUGUAGACUUUGUCUUUUUGGUGGGCUUUGAUUUGGGCCAAAUUCAUUUAUUCUUUAAUUGUACAGUGUAAUGCAAUUGCAAUUUAGCAAUCUAAUUAAUUGUAAUUAGCAUUGCAUUUAUUUUGAAGAAAUCGUUAUGACUUCG